ACAAUGGCCGGCGCCGGAGUUACAGAAGAUCAUCAGCCCCAGGGCAGCACAGCCGCGGCGGAGGAGGAAAACCCUAACGUAAUGAGGGAUCGGAAAGUGUCGUGGGGGAGGCUCCGGCGCGUGGACUCCCUGAAACAGGAGGCCGGAAACGUGUUGGGCAAGGGCGAGCACCAGUCCUCCCAGCAGGCGAGCUGGUCUAGGACCAUGAGCCUGGCCUUCCAGAGCAUCGGCGUGAUCUACGGCGACAUCGGGACCUCUCCUCUGUACGUGUACGCCAGCACCUUCACCGACCAGAUUCGCGACAAGGACGACAUCCUCGGCGUCCUGUCCCUCAUCAUCUACACCAUCAUCCUCGUCCCCAUGAUCAAGUACGUCUUCCUCGUCCUCUGGGCCAACGACAAUGGCGACGGAGGCACAUUCGCGCUGUAUUCACUCAUCUGCCGCUACGCCAAGGUGAGUUUCAUCCCCAACGAUGAGCCCGAGGACAGACAGCUUUCGAAUUACAGACUGGACACUCCGUCGAAGCAGCUGCGAAGAGCUGAGAAGAUCAAGGACAAGGUGGAGAGAAGCAAGUCUGCUAAGCUCCUCCUCUUCCUCGCCACCAUUCUCGGCACUUCCAUGGUCAUCGGCGACGGCGUUCUCACUCCCUGCAUCUCCGUUCUUUCUGCGGUCGGAGGAAUCAAGGGUCUCGGAAAAGAUGCUGUUGUGUACAUCUCCAUUGCCAUUUUGGUUGCUCUGUUCUGCGUUCAGCGCUUCGGCACCGAUAAGGUGGGCUUCUCGUUCGCUCCGGCUAUAUGCUUAUGGUUUUUGUUUAUUUCCGGAAUCGGCCUCUACAACUUGUUCAAGCACGACAUCCGCGUCCUGCGCGCCUUCAAUCCCGUGUACAUAGUCGACUACUUCCGGAGAAAUGGCAAGGAUGGAUGGGUGUCGCUAGGCGGCAUCGUGCUCUGCAUCACCGGAACCGAAGCCAUGUUUGCUGAUUUAGGACAUUUCAAUGUUCUUGCUGUCCAAAUAAGUUUCUCCGGGAUCGUGUUCCCUUCUCUACUCGCAGCAUAUAUUGGACAAGCCGCGUAUCUUACCAAGUUCCCCGAGCAUGUUAAAGAUACCUUCUACGAUUCUAUCCCCGAUCCACUUUAUUGGCCUACAUUCAUCGUGGCUAACGCCGCCGCCAUUAUAGCAAGUCAAGCGAUGAUCUCCGGAGCGUUUGCAAUCAUCUCUCAAUCCCUAGCCUUGAGCUGUUUCCCGAGAGUUAAAGUUGUUCACACUUCGACAAAAUACGAGGGCCAAGUUUACAUCCCCGAAGUUAACUACCUUCUUAUGAUCGCUUGCGUCGUAGUGACCUACGCUUUCAAGACCACCGACGCAAUAGGCCACGCUUACGGUAUUGCCGUGGUGGCCGUGAUGUUGAUCACCACAUGUUUGGUCACCCUGAUAAUGUUGAUGAUUUGGAAGACGAAACUCCUGUGGAUCGUUGUUUUCUUCGCGGUUUUCAUGUCGAUUGAGCUCGUGUACUUCUCAUCGGUGUUGUAUAAGUUCACUCAGGGCGGGUACCUCCCGUUGGCGUUGGCUCUGGUGCUGAUGAUGAUGAUGGGAAUUUGGCAUUACGCGCAACAACAACGGUAUAUAUACGAGCUUACAAACAAGGUUUCGAGUUCCUACGUGCAAGAGCUGGUUAACAACCACGACAUACAACGGAUACCGGGCAUCGGGCUACUCUACUCGGAGCUGGUGCAGGGGAUCCCGCAGAUCUUUCCGCACUUCCUCUCCAACGUCCCGUCUAUCCACUCUGUCGUCGUGCUCGUCUCCAUAAAGUCGAUCCCCAUAAGCAAAGUUGCCUUGGACGAGCGCUUCCUCUUCCGCCAAGUCGAGCCUAAGUCCUAUCGAGUGUUCCGCUGCGUUGUCAGGUACGGAUACAAAGAUCACAUCGAGGAGCCGCAGGAAUUCGAGAGGCAGCUGGUGGAGAAUCUGAAGAACUUCAUCCGCAAUGAGAAUUUCAUACUCGACGGAGCGGCCGAUCCGGAGGACCAAAAUUCCGACGCCGGCGGCGGCAGAGUUCCGCAGUCGGGGAUGCUGAGUAGAAGAUCGUCGGCGUCUGCUGUUCACGUGGUGGCGGAGGAGGAGGAGACGCCGCGCGUGUCGUCGGGAUCUAUACAGGUUCGAUCGGCGCAAUCGUCGAGCAGGAUGACGGGAGAGGAGGAGAUUGAAGUGGUGCAGAAGGCGAUGGAGAAAGGAGUUUUCUAUCUGAUCGGAGAAGCGGAGGUGGUGGCCAAGGCGGAGGCGUCGUUGCUGAAGAAGUUUGUGAUCAAUUAUGGGUAUCCAUUUUUGAGGAAGAAUUUCCGGCAGGGCGAGAAAGUGCUGGCCAUUCCACAAACCAGGCUGCUCAGAGUCGGAAUGACGUAUGAAAUAUGAUCCCAUAUAUUUGAAAUCACGAUAUUACUGAAAACCUAAAAGAAAUGACAAUGUAUUAUGUGUGUUCAUUGGUGACAAUAUUACUUAAAAAAUAUUUCGAAUGUAAUUUCUUUUUGCUCAUACUAAAAAAAUAUAUAUAAAUGAGACACAUAUGGAAAGUAAGUGAUUGAAAAGUUGGGGCUUUGUUUGAGAGCGAGUGAUGUAACUUCGGAAUGGCUUUUUUGUGCCGAUUUGUUUAU